UAUGGAAUCAUCGGUCUACAUCCCUCGCAAUCGCCCGGAUAUUCUUCACAGAGCAACAUUGUCAAUUUCGUCACGCCUCGUUGGGGAGGGCGAAAUUGGCUUGUCGCGAUACGACGAUGUCACGGGUUCCAGGUAUUGGGAGCGGCUUGAUGGUAUAGAAGGCUAUCGUCCAGUCAUGGAUACGAUCUCACGUGUCUGUGGUCACUCUGGCACGUCUUAAAUGCUGUCACACACGAGAGAUGUCUAGCCCACAGUAUCCAGACAACGCGGCACCCCCAUCCAAUCCACCCCCAAUCCCGACACCCAUGCGCAUCCCCCCCAAACGACCGUCGAACCCGAAUCGCGUAGCACCCUCUCCAACCAAAUCAUGUAGCACCAAAAAGUCUUGUAAGGCAGAGCGCAUAGCUACUAGCCAGGAGAAUAGAUCCUUUCCAGUCCCUUUUUUUGUACACUCACUUUCGGUGGUUUUUUCCAUUACCAUUUGGAAUAGGCGUUCAUGCCAUGUUGACCUUCAAGUGGUCUCCAUUGGUUUUGUGGAUAUAUGCUGGGUUUAUAGUUGUAAUGAUUAUUGCUGUAUAGACUUGAUACUCGAGGCUUGAUUGUCGGUCGUGAUUGUGAUGCUAUAUUAUUCGAGAGGAU